CCUUCCGCGCACUCCGUCGCACUUCAUGGACUCCACGCAAGCUCUCUCAGUCCGGUGCAUCGUUACUCGUCGACUUUGACCCUAACCUUGCAGCUUCUACUGGUUCUACCACCUCGAGCAUCGGCUCACUCGCCGGCAGCACAUCGCUGCCAAGACCCUCGACCGCUUCGAGGAUUCCCUCUCUUGGUCGCACUGCGUCUUCACAACCCCGACUUGGUGACGCCCUUCUAGGCCAGCGCAAAGUCAGCGACUCCUCAUCCCGGUCUGUCACCCUCACUUCGUCUGCAUCCAGCUCUGCCCUUGCCUUCCCUGCACGUGCCGACUCGCUCUCUCGCGCCUCGCGCCUCGCAGCCAAUCCAUCAUCCGCAUCCAUGAGCUCCAGCAAUUCGGUCACCAGCCUCUCUUCCCUGUCACGUUCCACCAGCGGGGCCAUGGGACCACCACAACUUACCACCUCACAGUCGGCCAAUUUCUUUGCGCGCAAAGCCAACAACGCCGCUCAAGCUGCCCUUUCAAGCCACGGCGCGACCCAUCAACCUCACAUCUCGCCGUCCCUCACCGACUUUGGACCUACUUUUGGUGCUGCCCUCUUUGACGACGAAGAUCGAUUAGCAGCACACCAACACGCCGACAAUGCCACACUCUGCAGCAACACCAGCAUCGCAGAGGCCGAAGAGCACGACGAGGGUGCUAACACACCUCAAGCCACGUCAGCACCCUUUCCUGACUCGGAUACACGUAGGCCCUCCUUGUCCGCUGCAAAUCCAAUUCAUAUGCGUCUGGCUCUGCGCGAGUCGCCCAGCCUUUCGUCGCGCUUCUCCAAUUUCUCCAGUGCGCUUGCCACCCCAGAAGCGUCGGACGAUCCUAGCAAGGUACUCAGUCGAUCCGCUGCUGCUCAACGAUCCGUCGGUGGAGAGGGCAGCAACAGUCUAGGUAUCGGCCUUCCUGAUCUUGCCUCAGAGGCUCGCAACAGACAUGCAGUCGUUCAAACUCCAGAAAAAUUUGGCUUGCAGAACCGCACUCCAAGUGGCACGCCUCGUGUUUACGACCGGGCCGGACAGAUCGGCAUCGGCGAGCUGGCCACACCUCGUUGGAAUUUCCCAUCCACCGCACUGCCAAGCUGGAAGAUCAAUGCAGACGCAACACCGCUGUCGGCCUCCAAAACGGCACAGCGUCGCAAUGUCAGUGGAGCUCUGACCGACGACGGAAUUGCACCGGAACCAAUCAGCACUUCUUUGCAGGAAAGCCAUCGAUCUGCGCUGCAGCAACAUAUCAAUGUUCCAAAGUCGGAUGGCCCACAAGCGCAUCUGCGACGAGGCGAAACGACACGCCAUUCGCGCUCCAUCUCCUAUUCUUCAAUCAACAACAUGCAGCGCAAUGCGCUGCGCGACCCUAGCGAACCGCUCACCACCGUUUCCACCAGCCCAUCCGUGCCAGGUCGACGGAUGCCGAUCGGCGGCAGCCAGUCUCUUCAUGCGUUGGCGCGGGACCACCCGGACAGGCAGUCCGAAUUCAUGGCCGAACUCGAUGGGCUUGCCGCGAGCAUUGGUGCUGCUCCCGAGAGUCCAUCCUUCUCCAUCAGCGCACGCACCGAAUCGGGUUACAGCAUCGUCCAACCCGAAUCAGAGGACGCGUCUCUAGCACUGUCGGUGAGCAACGCGUCUCAUUCGGAUGCCCAUGCAGACAAAGCUGAAAGUUCCUCGGCCAUCGGCGACCUCUCGUGGUCGGCAGGCGAGACUGGGCCGUUUGACUCUGGGGCAACUGGUCUCGGCAUCGAAGGUUCCAAGUCCAUGACGUUUGGUGAUCUUAACUUUGGCAACGGCAUCGGCGACGACGAGUGGCGCCAGAGCUUUGAUCUAAACGCGGCUAUUACUGAUCUACUUAACGAUCACGACGAGCUUCAUCGACGCAGGCAGUUAAGGGACAGGGCAGCGUCGGAUGCGUCCGAGUUAGGCUUAACGGCAGCCUCACGAGCAUCUGCUCGUUUCAGGGCGGAAUCCUUGAAGCGUGGAAUUGACGAGUCUGCAGACGCGAGCCGGGCGCACCCGGCUUCUGCUCGAAUCGCUUCCACUGCUCCAUCGGACGGUCCGCGUGGAGCUACCGCAUCAGCGCGAAGGGAACGCCUGACAAGCAACGGUGCACCCGCUCUCAGCUCCAGCUCGGCAGUCACAUCCGGUACUAACUCGGUCGCGCCUAGUACGCCCAGACUGUCUCGGAACAGCGCGUCGUUUCGCAACAAGCGAGCAUCGUCGGCCAGCAUCGGCCAAUCGCUUCUGCGAGGAUCCGUUCCUUUCGGUCAUGCAGACGAAUACGAGAGCCGUCUCAACUCUCGCGAGGACGCUGCUGCCGACGCGCUUCGCAAGCUCGAUGGGCUUGGCAGCACGCCGAGGGCAAGUCGCGAAGUCAAGACUGACACCAAAAGCCCUCGCACGAGUCGUGUUUCGUCACGACCUGGCAGUGCGGGACGAAGGACAUCGGCCAACAGCAGUCGAGCCUCUUCGCCGGCUUCUCGCAAUCGACGGUCGAGCAACUACGAUGCAUCAUCGCGCACCGGCGACAAAUCUAGGCCAUCGGAAGAUGCGACAGCCCGGAACAGCUUGCGAGCUUCUAAGCUGGUCACGCGUGUACGCACCACCGAUGACGCAUCCAACUCGUCUCCCAACACCUCGGGAGAUUCGAUCCGCACUUCGAUCUACUCGAGCCCACGUCUACGUCGAUCGCAGCUGCCGCCACUUCCACAGAACGAGAUCACACAGGGCUUGCGUAGGGUCUCGGCAAUUCAAAGCAACAACGCCAAGGAUGUGUCUGCUUCUGCCAGCCCGCUUCUCGGAACCCCCGUGAUCACUCGCAGCAUCUCCCGCACCAAGCGCAUGAGCGGCAACGGCGACGCCUCUGGCAUUGCAUCGGACACGAACCGCUUCGAUGCUGCUGCCGGUGUCUACGAAGACCCUGACGCAAGCCGACAUGCUGCUAUCCCGCCUGUCCCUCCUCUGCCCAAGGUGUGGGAAGGGUCUCGGUCAAGCUCGCUCACGUCGGAAGCAUUCCGAACUGUUUCGGCAAAAAGCCCGAGCAUCAGUGCCAGCCAUAGUUUUGUCUCGACCGUCAGCGGUUGUGAAAACAGCGACAAGUUGCCCACGCCUAGAUCGCCGCUCAGCCCGCGCAUCCAGGAUCUCGCCGAGAUGGCUGCGCUCGCCGUGCGCAAGCCAAGCACUAGCAUGCUGAGCGACAAUGUCUCUCGUGGCUCGUCGACCAAUGACGUCUCGAUGCAAUGUGCUACAGCAGAGCCAGUCGAAGAGAUGCUGGCCUCGUCGGACGCUGCUCCGGUCCAAGAUGCGAGCUCCAACGCAUCAGAUGCAGCCGCUAACGGAGAUGUGUCUACGACAUCCUUGCCCAGGUCCAGAUCCAGGUCCAGCGUGUUACGUCGUGCUAGCGUUGCAUCUCUCGGCAGACUGAUACGGACAUCGCAGAAAGACAGGGAUGCGGAUCGAUCCUCUGUCGACUCAGGCUCGCAGUCUGUCGUCGCCUCUGGAGAGCCUGGCAUCAGUCCCAAAGCAAGACGCACUCCAUCCUUUUUUCAGCGAACACCCAAGUCAAGCGACAGUUCUUCGAUCACAGACUCGAACACGCAAGACAGCGACCGCCUUUCACGCAAGUCCUUCUUGGGCAUCGCUGGUGGUUUGCUGAGCCGUUCAGGAUCACGACGACACGCAGUGGCGAGCAACGCCGACGCUGCAGCUGCCAGUCCAAUCACCGCUCGCGCUCCAGAGACGGGCUCUGCCCAGAGUGCUUCGCAAUCAGCUUCUACUCCGGUACGCAGACGCGGACAGUCGAACGCUUCUGCCAGCACUAACUCGGUGCACAAGCCACUGGCGGCUGGCUCGACCCCACACGAAACCCGGAGCACGACGAGGGCAGACAAUGGAGUCCUGGCCACCUCCAAGAAUGUGUCGGCGCAGACCCCCUCACGUCCUACAAGGAUUACUGCUGCUAGCGGUAUGCCCUCGUCCAGUCCCAGCAUUGGUUCUCGUACCGUUUCUCCCACAAAGUCUGCCUCGCUUUCGAGCCGCAUUCCUCGUGUCGCUACCAUGAAAACGAUUCCCCGGUCCACAGCAGCUAGCACGGCAUCCUCUGAGGUGAGUGGAAGCGUGAUUCGAGCUGCUGCUGCCGCAUCCUCGUCGAUUCCAACCAGUAAAUCGCACCAUCCAUCGCUGGCAGCCAGCAUGGGCAUGGUCGUACCGGUACAGCCAGUCGACGACGACGAUGCUAAGUCGGUCGCUGGCUCUGACACGACGGUUGGCACAAACAAGAAUAGCCAGGCGUCGACCAAAGUAGCACCGUCUCCCAACACCGCUCAAGUCUCGAGCAGCUUGGUGCCUAUCCUCAAUGCAUACGCAGCAGCAAAGACGCCCGCCGAGAUUGAAGGCGUGCUGCGACGAGCCCGCAUUGCUGCCUACUCGUCCAACCUGUCUCCCAGCGACCGAGAGGUACUCAACAGUCUUGCGGACCGAAAGGAUCGGCAAAAGAGGGACGUAAGCCCAUCUUCGUCUGCUGCAGCCAGCGGCAGCAAGGCCGAUGCGCCGGCUGGUCGUGCGACCAAGCCCAGUACGUCCGGCCAAAAGGGGGCGACACCCGGCCAGCCCGUUUCAACUAGCUCUGCAACUCCUUUGUCCAAUGGAGCUAAAGCGCCCUCGCCAGCCUCUACGGUAGGCAGCGUUUCGGUACCAGUGCGAAGAACACGUGCCUCGCUCAGUACCACCUCGGCUGUCGCACGAUCCACCAAGACGAGCGCGCUUCAAACAGCAGUGAGUGAACGUCUGGCCAAGAUCAACAGCAGUUCCACCAGCUCUACGCUCGCACGUCGCAGUCCGGCAUCUGGCGAAGCGGCCGGAUCCGACGUCUCGGCUCGAGCUACACCAAUCCAGGACGAAGAGGAGCGUCUGGGCGACAACGAGAUGGAAGACUACAUCCGACGUCAGCAGGCGCGCAAGCUCGCCGCUGGUGUGUCCCAAGCGGACCUGGACAAGAUGCUCGAGUUCCCCGAGCCGGUUGCUCCGAGCCGUCAGCUGUCGCCCCGUCAGGCCGAAGUCAUGUACGGCAACAAGAUGUCGGACUUUGAGUUGCAGGAGAUCUUCAACUACACCGAGAUCUUCUACUGCGGCCAAAAUGCGAAGCGCAAGCACAUGGCAACGGUGGAGAAAUCCGAUCAGAAUCAUGGGUUUGACGACGAACGUGGCGACUACAAUGUGAUCAAUCGGGAUCACUUGGCGUUCCGGUAUGAGAUCAUCGACCUGCUUGGGCGCGGAUCGUUCGGGCAGGUGUUGCAGUGUCGAGAUCACAAGACGGGCAAGACGGUGGCGAUCAAGCUGAUCCGUAACAAAAAGCGAUUCCACCAUCAAGCGCUGGUGGAAGUGCGCAUUCUUGAGAACCUCACAAAGUGGGAUCCGGACGAGCGGUACAACGUGAUCAAGAUGACGGAAUCGUUCCUGUUCCGCAACCAUCUGUGUAUCGCGACCGAGCUUCUCAGUAUCAACUUGUACGAGUUGAUCAAGGCCAACAACUUUGCCGGGUUUACGACGAAUCUUAUCCGCCGAUUCACGUCGCAGGUGCUUCAAUCGUUGAUUUUGAUGAAGAAUCACCGCAUCGUGCACUGCGAUUUGAAACCCGAGAACAUCCUGCUGUGUCAUCCGCGCAAAUCGGGCAUUAAAGUGAUCGACUUUGGCUCGAGUUGCUUCGAAAACGAAAAGGUAUACACGUACAUUCAGAGCCGAUUCUACCGUUCACCCGAGGUGAUCUUGGGGAUGAACUAUCACACGGCGAUUGAUAUCUGGUCGUUAGGAUGUAUCAUUGCCGAGGAUUCGGGCUAUCCGUUGUUUCCGGGAGAGAACGAGCAGGAGCAGUUGGCGUGUAUUAUGGAGAUUUUGGGGGUGCCGGAUCGGUACCUGGUCGAGAAGAGUUCGCGCAAGAAACUGUUCUUUGACAGUACGGGACAACCGCGGCCGGUGGUGAAUAGCAAGGGAAAACGCAGGAGGCCGAGCAGUAAGACGUUGGCGCAGGCUUUGAAGUGCGACGACGAGGCGUUUGUGGAUUUUAUCGCAAAGUGUCUCAUCUGGGAUCCAGAGAGGAGGUUGAAGCCGGAUGCUGCGAUUCGGCACGCAUGGAUCUUGUCCGGUAGGAAAUUGACCGCUGCUGUAGCGAGCGUUCUUGGCGAGGCAGGGAGGGGCGCGGGAGGCGGAGGUGGAGCGUCGAUGGGGUUGGUGGUGCCGAGAAAGUCGGCCAGCUCGACAAAUGCAAGGGUGGCUGCUGCUGGUGCGGUCAAGAAUAGUGGGGUAGCCGCGUCGACGUCGAUCACGGCAACCGUGCUGAGUCCCAGAUCGAAAGUGGUCUCGGCUCGAGCUUCGGGCGUCAAUGGAGGUAGCAGCAGCAGCAGCCGCAGCACCAACAGCGCCGGUGCCAGCGCUAGCACGUACGCCGCCACGCCAAAGAGAAGCGCUGCCACGACCACCGCCAGUGCCGGUGCUGGUCUCGCUAGUCUCAGCACCCCCCUGCGUGCGCCCAAGGCGUGA